CACAACUUUCGGCCAUCCCAUUUUAGAGAGAAGAAAAUUUUAUUUUGUGUUCAAAGUUAUUUUUCUAAAGUGUUAGAAAUAUACACAAAAUAUUAUAAACAAAUAUUUAUAAGAUAAAUAUUUUGCUAUAUAUUUAUUACUCCCAAAGUAGUAUUAUUAUAGUUUUUACUAUCCUAUAUUAAACUUGCUAGCACAAGUUUAAUCUUGGACUCCGGAGCAAGUUUGUGUGGAUACGUUGGAGGCUUCAUACGUUUGGCGCUACGUUCAUCUCCUCAAAACCAUCCCCGACCGUUCCUCUGUUCUCCGUUUUCACCGUUAAGGUUAAUAGAAAGAAUGAUGUGACAUGAUCCUGGGGCGGACGGAGGCGAGAUUGUCGGAAUGGAUGUGAUGGUUUUGAAUUAUGUUUGUGAUUAUGAUUUGUUAAGCUUCCGCAAUAUUAUUGAAUACUCCGUACUGUUUAUGUUAUGAAAAUUAUUAUUGUGAUAAAUAAAAGUGUUUGAAAAGUUUUAAAUUUUACGAUUACUAAGUUAAUACUUUAGUCUGAAAGGGGCUGCAGACCUGGACGGAUUAGGGUGUUACACACCGUCGGGACGCGAGCUUCCAAGUUGGAGAUCGGGUCUUGUUGAAACUCCAACCUUAUCGCCCGCAUUCGGUGGUCACACGCCGCUCUCAAAAACUCGCACGCAGGUAAUACUGGCCCUUCUCAAUCACGGCCAAGGUGGGUGCCACGGCCUAUCGUCUCCAAUUGCCAGAGGGGUCACGAAUCCAUCACGUUUUCCACGUCUCUCUACUCAAGCCGUUUCGUGGGGAUGCCUCACCUAAACUACUACCCUUGUCGACAGAAUUCAAGCAUGGGGACCCCAUCUCUACUCCUAUCAGGAUCCACAACAGGCGUACAGUUUUAAAAAAUCGUUCACAUAAGGAGCAGGCCUUGGUGGAAUGGUCCGACGGCGGCCUCGACGAUGCUGUUAAACAACUUAUAGAUGCAACCUGGGAGUCCCUGCAAACACUUCGGGAUUUGUUUCCUUCCUUGCACCUUGAGGACAAGGUGUGUCUUGAACGGGGGGAGAGUGUUACAACGGAGCCGCAACAAUCGGAAGGAACGACACACAUGGGAGUUCGGUGUAGCAUGCGGGAGAGACGACUACCGGCAUGGCGUAUAGAUUACGAGGAUUGAAAAUCAUUAUUAUGGCAACUGUUAUUAAUCAUAUUUAGCAUUAUUUAUUAAAGUUGUAUUUUAGAUUUUUAUUAGGUGAGCGAAUUAUAAGAUUCUUCGAGGGUUUCUUUUCGGUUCUUUACCUCGUCGCUUUUCUUGAACCGACAGGAUAGAAAAGUAGGGUUACGAAAACAUGUAUGGCAAAUUUUCUUCACAAAUCAUUUCGGCCAUUUUUUGCCUAUUUUGCUCGUCGCUAUAAGCAAAAAGGCCGCCCUUACCUCUGUUAGCAAACCGAGAAAUUUGGGUUUGCACUUCUUGUCGUCCCUUUUUUUUGGCCUCGUAUUUGGCGUACUCCACGGGAUGCCUCGACCUUAGGUGUUUUUCCGGACCGCCAUAACCGCCGGAAACUCCCAUUUUUAUGACGGUCCCGCAAUGUUUACAAGUUCCAUAAACUAUGCCAUCUUUUGUGUCUUUGUCAAAAUGAUAAACAAAUAANUUACCUUUGUCCGGACCUCGAGAGGGUAAUUUCAUUUUCAAUCAAAUCUUGAACUGGAACGGCCGAGCCAUGAGCCAAAACGAGACCUUUACAGUGCCCGAGGGUUUAUCUCAGAGAGAAAGAAAGUCAGAUAAUACUGCAUCGGGUAAUUUGAUUUGGAGGCCAUUUGAGUGGUUCAGGAAGCUCAGUGAUGAUCUGCACUGGAGCUUUGUUUUAUCUGUGGUGAUUGUAUACGGAAUCAAUCAAGGGUUGAGUUUGGGUUUGAGCCGGAUUAGCAUACAGUACUAUAUGAAGGAUGAGCAGAAGCUGCAGCCCUCUGAAGCUCAGAUUUUUUCCGGAAUUAUAGCAUUGCCUUGGAUUGUUAAGCCUCUCUGGGGUCUGCUCACUGAUGUUCUUCCCAUUGCUGGAUAUAGACGAAGCCCUUAUUUCAUUCUCGCUGGUUCACUCGGCAUCAUUGGUAUGCUUACUCUGUCGAUGAGCAAGAACUUAUGCAUCGAAUUUGCUUUGUUAUGCAUAAUGACUGGCAGUGCUGGGGUUGCGAUAGCAGAUGUUAUAAUUGAUGCAUGUGUAACAGAGAACUGUAUCAGCCAUCCAUCUAUGGCUGGUGACAUGCAGAGCUUAUGUGGAGGGAGCUCUUCACUAGGUCAACUUAUUGGGUAUACAAUUAGUGGAUUUUUAGUUCACCUAAUUGGAGCAAAGUUGUUUUUGUAGGAAUCUUUAUACGAGAAAAGUAUAUGCAUACCAAGAGCUACAUUCAAAAAUUAAAAUUACAGAAACGCCACGUGGAGUUUCCGAGACGUCUCCAGGCGUGUCCGUGGCGUGUCGGUGUGUCCAAGGUGUCCGAAACGGGUACGGCAGCCUAUAUGGAGUUUCCGUGCAACAUAGAUUGAGAGUGCUUCCGGUAGCACUUUUGUUUUUGGUUCCUAGCAGUGACCCAAAUGCUUCUAUCCUUCCAAUUGAAAUGUUGAGAACUAAGAAGGGCGAGGAUUUGACAGAAACUCAUAGUAAUAUGGAAAUGGUGGCGCUUAUUGACCCCGUUAACUAGACCUUUCCGGAAUGAUCCAAGUUAGGGUUACUUUUUUUAUCCUUCCAUCCAAAAGGGGCAUGUUUCUAUAUCCAAAUUGCAGUUAUUUUGCUGUGAAAAGGGGAUUUCCAUAUGCAAGAGUAUGCUCCAGAGAUAGAUGAUAGAUCUACCCCCUCUGUGGUUAGAAACUAGAGCUGGCUGGUUCAGGUUCUUGUAAAGCUGGCUUGAUACUUUAAUUUCUUGUCCAGUGUAUACACACACCUGUACAAAAUCUAAUUUCUCUUAUAUACUCUCGGAACUUUAUACUCUAGUCUUGCUACUGCAUGGAGGGGCAAACAGUUGUUUUCACCCAGAGGCUUUAACCACUUUCAUUUCAUUCUUACUCCAAAGGUUGGGGAGCUUGGCUUUUUCCAUGUUUAUCUCUGUAUCUUUGUUAUGCCGGUAAAGAAAACACACAUAUUCAU